GGCGAGGAGCAGAGAGCGGCGCGGAGUCGGGCGGCUGCGAGCGCGGAGCGGGGAGAGGCGCUGCCGCACGCGGCCAAGGACCAUCCCCGGGGAACCGGCCUCUGUAUGGCAUGUGGCUGGUAACUUUCCUCCUGCUCCUGGACUCUUGGCACAAAGCCCGCCCGGAAGAUGCUGGCACCAGCCUCUACUUUGUGAAUGACUCCUUGCAGCAGGUGACCUUCUCCAGCUCCGUGGGGGUCGUGGUGCCCUGCCCGGCUGCGGGCUCCCCCAGCGCAACCCUUCGAUGGUACCUGGCCACAGGGGACGACAUCUACGACGUGCCCCACAUCCGGCACGUGCACGCCAACGGGACGCUGCAGCUCUACCCCUUCUCCCCCUCCGCCUUCAACAGCUUCAUCCACGACAAUGACUACUUCUGCACCGCGGAGAAUGCCGCCGGCAAGAUCCGCAGCCCCAACAUCCGCGUCAAAGCAGUGUUCAGGGAACCCUACACCGUCCGGGUGGAGGAUCAGCGGUCCAUGCGUGGAAGCAUGGCCGUCUUCAAGUGCCUCAUCCCCUCCUCAGUGCAGGAGUACGUCAGCGUCGUGUCCUGGGAGAAGGACACUGUCUCCAUCGUCCCAGGGAGUGGGAGAGGCUGGGUGCGCACUCGGGCUGGGGCGAGAGCCUAUGUGGGCAGCACACGGGGGUGCGGGAACACCAGAGACCUGGACGGUGCUGGAGAGCUGGCUGGGCCCCGCCAGGCGGCCACGUGCAGCUCCACAGGGUCUGGGACGAAGAGGCCGGGGCUCUUGUGUCCAGAUGAGGCACCAGGUGCACAGCCCAAAGGGGUGAUGCUGGCAGCGACCAUGGGCUGGUGCGGCCAGAGAGACCCUGGACCGGACCGCUCUGGGCGAAGCCCCAGCAGUGAUGGGCACUGA